AUGGGACGAGCCUCAAAGUUCCACACUAUCGAGGAACGACACUCGGGGCGAAAGGCAGCAUCGAAAGCGUACUCAGCUGCGAAUAGGUCUCAGCUUUGCGAGCGUAAACGAGCGUUGUACCGGAAGUCACGCAGCCGAAAGGGCACUCCAUACAUCAACAAGGAUACUGCAAUUCAAUCUCUACCUACGGCACUCCUCGCCCUGGCUUCUGAGCCCCUCCCAACGUCGCCUCUGUUCCUAGAGGCCUCCGAGAGUGCAGACAACCUGGACGAAAGUGAGAUCACACAAUUCGACGGAGAUCCCCCAUACGUGGCACAACCUCCAUCCACUGAACCCGACGGCGAUUAUUUAGAGAAGAUGCUGGAUGUUAUGAGUGGGCGCCGGGCAAGGCACGAGAGGCAGAGGGACGCAGAGAUGGAGUGCAAGUCUCACGAAUGCAUCGAACGUGAGUUGAUUGAUGAAUUAGGCGAAUGGGAAGCCCUUGCGACCAUCCUAGAGACCUACGAGGCCAGCGCUAGCCACAAUGCAAUGGCUCGCAACAGACUGUGGUGGCGUGCACGCAUCGUCAAUAAUCUCUUCGUCGCGGCCUCAAAGAUUCGUGCGAGGGGAUCUGGGGAAUGA